UUUUAAAAAAUCUGAUCCGCUGAAAUUUUGCUGAAAAGAAAUUCAAAAUUGUCUCACCAUUGAUGAUUAUUGUAUCUUUAGACUAAAUUGUGACUUGUUUAACGUAUUUAUAGUUAAUUUUUGUAAUAACACUUUUUCUUUAGCCAUAUUUAAAAUUUACAUGCUUCAAGAUGUUGGUUACUGUAAGGACAUUGAACCAGCAAACAUUCAAAAUUGAAAUCGACCCCGAAGAGAAGGUUAGCGAUUUGAAAAAGAAAAUAGAAGAAACGAAAGGCCCAACCUUUGCAGUUGCAAACCAGAAGUUGAUUUAUGCAGGGAAAAUUUUGAGCGACGAGAAUAAAAUAAGUGAAUGCAAUAUUGAAGAAGCUAAAUAUGUCGUUGUUAUGGUUCUACAACCUAAAACAGAGCAAACAUCAAGUGCCAGUCCAAGUGCUCCAAGCAAACCCAUCAGUACUCCAACUACUGGUGCCACUGGCUCGAGCAGUGCGUCAACAGCUACCACAACCGGCUCGUCAAUAGAAACAAGUAAAGCUUCAGCCAAGAAAGAAAGUAGUGGCAAAGAGGAAACAGCAACAACUCCUUCUGCUGAAUCAAAUCUAGUUUUAGGAGAUCAAUUUGAAGAUAUGGUCAAAAACAUCAUGGAAAUGGGUUAUGAUCGUAACCAAGUGGAGAAAGCAUUGAGAGCCAGCUUCAAUAAUCCAGAAAGAGCUGUUGAAUAUCUUAUAAAUGGGCUACCAUUGGAUGCUGUUGCCGAUGAAACCGCUCCUCCAGUUAGUGAGGGUGAAACUGGUGGAUCCACAACUCCUACCACAGGUGGUCGAAUAGUUUCUGCGGAUCCUAGUAAUCCUCUGGCUUUUCUUCGUAGCCAACCAAUGUUUUUACAGAUGAGACAAAUAAUCCAACAAGAUCCUCUAGCACUUUAUAAUUUAAUGCAACAAAUUCGUGAAACUAAUCCUCAAUUAUACGAGCUGAUAAAUCGAAACCAGGAGAAUUUUGUUCAAAUGUUAAAUGAACCAGAUAUGGCUGGACAAGCAACAGGACCAAUUUCAAAUCCAGCAUCACUUGGUGGCAGUAAUACAGGAGGAACAGGUGGUGGUGGUGGUGCAUCAGGAUUUCCUUCUGGGAUCGAAAAUUUAAUCGGAACAGCGCAUAUCACUCAGGCAGAUAAAGAGGCCAUUGAGCGGCUGAAAGCUCUCGGAUUCCCUGAAUAUUUGGUAAUUCAAGCCUAUUUUGCGUGUGAUAAAAACGAAAAUUCGGCUGCAAAUUUCCUUCUUUCACAAGCUUUUGAUGAUUGAUUAACACUUGAAUCAUUGCUAUCCAAAAAAAGAAAUCAGACUCCAUAAUUAGUCGCUAAUCUCUCCUUCAACAUUGCUGGGAAUUGCUCAGCAAAUCGGUUCCAGUUCUCUUCGCCAAUUUGAUUUUUGAAGCCAUGGAGAAUCUAAGACGAAAGAUUAGAGAUUAAUAUUAAAUAUCAUAUUUGUUUUGCGAUAAGGCCAAGGGUCGUCCACAAUGAUAAAAAAACAAAAUCAAACAUUGAUUAACAAUAACAGUUUGAUAAAAUAUUAACUUAAUCUUAUAAU